CUGUUAGAAACAUUUUGAACCUCACUGGCUAGGGCUUGCCGAUGGCUCUGUCUUCACGGCGAGCUCGCUGAGAUCGUCAUGGACUCCGCUAAGGCUUUAAAAGGCGACUUCUGGUUGACGUUGUGCUAGAAACACCCUCCAAAAGCUACUCAAAAAUGCUUCCCACCUCCGUCCUCAGUCUCGCACUUGCCCUCUCCAGCCUCGCUGCUCCUGCAGCUGCUCAUAGCUUUGACCCAAAGGGCGAAGAGAUUGGCCUCUACCGACGCAGCUACGCCCACCGUCAUCGCAGUCUCAACGAGCGAUGCGGCGAAUCGAUUCGACGCCGACGUCUCCGUCGCUCCCUUGAGAAGCGCGAUGAUCUUUCGCCCCGUGUCCGACGCCAACUGUACGAAUCCUUCGCCAACAAGCGCGCCGACGACUCGACUAACAGCAGUGCCUGCCUUCUCACGCCAGAGACUACCCAGGGACCCUACCACGUGCUCGGCGAAAGGGUUCAGCAGGACAUCCGUGGCGGUCAGGCCGGUAUCCCGCUGUGGCUCGAGGUCGACUUUGUCGACAUUGACACUUGCGAGCCUCUCAAAGGAGCGUGGAUCGAUGUGUGGUCAGCGAAUGCCACUGGCUACUACUCCGGAUAUGAGAUCGCCAGUUCAGGCUCCAGCGGCAGCCCACCAGACAGCGGAUCGAGCAACUCUUCUACGAGCGGCAGCAGUAUGAUGAGCAUGACAAUGUCGAGCAGCGCAAGCGCAAGCGCGACGUCGGCGGCAUCGGACUCAGCCAGCACCACGAGCAUCGAUUCGUACACCGCCGGCGCCGAUCAAGAGGGAAGCAGCAUCGGUCCAGGUCAGUCGGCCCCGACGGACGGUGACAACUUCCUCCGCGGUGUUUGGCAGACGGAUGACGAGGGUCUCCUCACCAUGUACUCAAUUGUCCCCGGUUGGUACCAAGGUCGCGCUGUACACACGCAUCUCAAGGUUUACGAAGAGGACUCGGGUUACCGUGCGGACAAUGGCAGCUUUGUUGCCACGGGCUCCGCUCACCACACGGGCCAAUGGUUCUUUGACAAUGACACCAUGGAUGCAGUUGCUGCUAUUGCACCGUACACGGCCAACAAGAUCGCAUGGGCAGAUGCCACGACGAAUGAGGAAGAUGGCAUCUACCCAUACGCCGACUCAAUGGGCUCGACGGCUACGCUUGACAUUACCUACCUCAACGCGUCCGACAUCACUUACGGUUUGAUCGGCACCACUGUGGUCGGAGUGAACCUCACCUACUCCUCUGCCGAGCUCACGACGUACUACUGGGACCCUGACACGACAGCUUCAUCUUCGUCGACCUCUUCGGCCACGUCCACGUCUAUCUCCUCUUCCACCGCGGCAAGCUCCUCGUCGGCUUCCGCUUAAAGGUCAGAAGACCCCGAUGAGCGGAACAGCCAUCUGGUCUAAUUCGCCUCGUUAUUAUUUUACUAUUAGCUCGAC